AAAGCACACUUGAGAAACAGCACUUCAUCUUCUGUCUGAACACGCCUUCUGGACUCCAUAUUUAAUUCUACAACCUAAGGCAGCGCAAACGGAACCAACGUCCCUUUGUGAAUUGCUAGGGGUCUGUCAGUCACCGCCAACCGACUUCCCCCCUCCAGUGAUGCAAAGGUGUCGUGUGACCCCCCGAAGUGACGCAUUGACGCACGGGCGGGCGGCGAACGCGCCGUUGCUGCCUGCGUGAGGCACCACUGGGUCGUCGGACGGUGUGCGGUGGAUGAUCACAAAGUACAAUUGCCAGGAUUAAACUCCAUCUGCCACUGCAUAUUCUGCUGUAUACUUUGAUUGACCUUUACACUGUCAACAACUCCACCCAUCUUGAUGUCAUCCACAGAUCUACAGCUAGCAAGCAUAGUCAUGGUGAAUCGGAAAUAAAAGUUGUAAAGUGAAGAAAGUGUGCAACGAGAGCUUCCAUCUUGUGAGAAGAGAGGAGCAGAAUGCAAAUUUUAUUAACCUGUUGAAGGUCAAAGAUGACUGAUCCAGAUGUUGUGACUGAAGUGCCUGCAGCUUUGAAACGACUUGCCAAAUAUGUUGUGAGAGGAUUUUAUGGACUAGAGCAUGCACUAGCUUUGGAUAUCCUCAUUAGAAACCCCUGUGUCAAAGAAGAGGACAUGUUGGAGCUGCUGAAAUUUGACCGUAAACAACUGCGAGCAGUUUUGAAUACAUUGAAAAAUGACAAAUUUAUUAAAAGUAGAAUGCGAGUUGAAACUGCUCCUGAUGGUAAAACUACAAGACAUAAUUAUUACUUCAUAAACUAUCGUCUUCUGGUGAAUGUGGUGAAGUACAAACUUGACCACAUGAGGAGAAGGAUUGAGACGGAUGAACGAGAUUCUACCAACAGAGCUUCUUUUAAAUGUCCCAACUGUUACAAAACGUUCACAGAUCUGGAAGCCAACCAACUAUUUGAUGUAAUGACAGGAACAUUCCGGUGCACUUUCUGUCAAACUGAGGUUGAGGAAGAUGAAUCUGCGUUACCAAAGAAAGAUGCCCGAACACUUUUGGCAAGAUUCAAUGAACAGAUUGAACCAAUCUAUGCCCUAUUGCGAGAAACUGAAGAUGUUAACCUGGCCUAUGAAAUCCUCGAGCCAGAACCAACAGAAAUUCCAUCACUUAGAGCAAGUCAACGAGCUCCUGGUGCUGGUAGUGGAAAUAUGAAUUCUCAGAAAGAACUUUGGGCUAAUAGAGGACCCACAUAUGAGGAUCUUUACACUCAAAAAGUCAUCAUCAAUAUGGAAGAACAUGAUGUUCAGCACAAAGCUGCUUCUGAUGGGAAGCCAGUUAAGGAGAGACCAAUCUGGCUGAGAGAGAGCACUGUCAGAGGAGCAUUUGCUGACUCAGAGGAACUCCAAGAAGGUGAUAUGAAUGCUGACUCAUAUCAUGAUCGUGAUGGAAAAGGAAAUCCAAUUGAAGCAAAUGAAGAGGUCAUGCAAACAUUGCUCAUCCAUGAAAAGAAAAGUACAUCAGCAACAGUAGCUGCAGCUGCUACAAUCCCAACUUCAAAUGCCAGUGAUUCAGAGAGUGAAACAAGUGAAUCAGAGGAUGAGUCACCCCGACCACAGGCAGCGGCAGCAUCAUUCCCAGUGGCAGCAGCUGAAGAGGAUGAAGAGUUUGAGGAUGAACCAACUGUUUUGGUAGCAGGACAGCCAUAUUCAUAUAGCCAGGUCAGCCAGUGUGAAGGGUUAGUGGCUCAGAUGACAGCUGAAGAGAAAGAAGCAUAUAUUGCCAUGGGACAAAGAAUAUUCCAAGAUAUGUAUGAAUGACCUGUUCCAAUGGAACAAACGUUUCUGAAGUUCUUAAAUAUUUCCUGUGGUUUUAUUAGUCAGUGUUUCCACAGUUUUAAAUAUAUCUACCAAAGUGUUAAGAGACAGCAUUCCUUUCUCAACAAAAUUACAGGCUGUGUUUAAGAAGUAUUUUGAAGACAAAAGUAUUUUUAGAAGGCUAAAGUGCUGCAGUGCCCUAUAACAUUUAUGCUAUUUAUUUCAUAGUUAUUCCUUUUAUUGCAUAAUUUUAUCCCCAAGUGAUUGUUAAAUCCUUGUUUAACUAACCUAUCUUUUUAUCCUGUUGUUUGAAGGAUAUAAUACAAGCUGAUGGUGCUCAUAAAAGUAUUUUUGAAAAAUUGGUCAAUCUAAUUGCCUCUGCAAUUCAACAAAAAUCCCUGUCUCUCAGGCAUACAAAUCAGAAAUGUUCCUGGUUAAAUUCCUUGCCUGUGCUAGUUGACUUCAGAUUAAACAGUAGAAUGGAGUUCUAUUCCUAGUUUGGCUGGAUGAAAAUCAAUUAAGAUGGCUAAAUUUCAUCACUAUUUGUUCAUCCCUUCUGAAACAAUCUACCCUAGAUGAGUGGUGAGGAUUAGGAUUAGUUUGGAGUCCUUGAUGCAUGUACAGCCACGGGCAUUCAGUGUCUAGGCAUGGAAGCUUGCAUUACAUACCAUCUGAUGUCUAUCAUCUGUGGAAUUGUACCUUGAUGGCAAUCAGUGAUAAGAAGAGCAAGAGAAAAUUUUGACCUAAAACAUUUUAUCUAAAAUGAAAAUAUGUUAAGUUAUAGAGCAGUGCAGUUUUACAGUAAGUUGGGCAAGUGCCAAAUCAGAAGCAAAGUUUAAAUAUAUGGUCUUUAUAUGUCAUCUUAAGGUUAAUUUGCGUACAAUAGCUGAAUUGUUAAAAUGGCUGAGUAAAUCUUUAUAUAUCAGUUCAGAACAUUAUGACAAAACUUUUUAAUUGAUUUAAUACAAUUGGGUUUCACAACUUUACUGUUAAUCUACAAUGAGCAAUGCUGGAAAUGCUCAGCUGUUCAUUUUGGUUGUGGUUGAAAAACAUAGUUAAGUUUAUAGUUUAAUGGUCUUCUAUGAGAAUCGAAAUUGUAACCACAACCCGCACUCUUUUUGUAGAUGCUGCUUGACCAGCCAAUGAUUUCCAGUAUUUUUUACUUUUAUGUAAGAUUUUCAGUGUCCACCUGUGACAGGAUCUAUCUUCAGAGUGGGUACUUGAGGAUGGUAACUAUCCUGUAAUAUAAUUGACAGUUUAAACUAAUCUGAAAGUGAAAUCAUAAGAAAAAAGUUUUUAGACAUUUUGCUGUCUGAUCUUAUUGUCUAUUAAGUUUUAAUUUCUAAGUGACCCACCUGGGGCCAUGUUCCAUAGCCGGUAUUUUUCGUGUCUUGUAAUCUGUGGUGUUCACAAAAGGGUAUUAAUGCCUUUACUGCAUGUUUCCGGGAAGCUGAUUUGAUCACAAUAAAAAGUUCUGUCGCACCAGUACACCAGUACAGUAAACUGCCCCAUGUAUACAUGAAAGAUGAUCUGCAUUGAACUGUUAGUAAUGUAACACGGAGUUUAUUUUACAGUCAUUGAGAACUAAAUUGUUUUAUUUCCUGUGCUGUUGAGUAUUAGAUCUGGAGUUCAAUCUGCUCUCUGCAAUUUAAGGCAAUUCACCUGACCUUGCGGUUUCCUUGGAAUUAAAUAAAUAUUUAUGUAAUUUGUGUACUUAAUACAUUGUUGGGAAAUUCAAAGUUUUUGAAAAAAAAUUAACCAUUCAGAUUAGAUUAGAUUUCUGGUGUUAAUGUCCAUGGAAUAAAUUAUUUCCUAGAUUAUUUUUUCAAAUGCUUUCUCAAAUGUAUUAAAGUAUCAAAGCUCAUUCAUUUGUAAUGCCUGACUGUCAGCAGGAAAGUAGUUCCAGCUGUUUGUCCACCUGGUUCAACCAAAACAUUUAGAUAACUCAUUAGCAGCAUCCAGUGGCAAAAGUUAAGUGCUGCAGUAACAUUCCUACUGAUUAUACAGGUUGAGUACCCCUUAUCUGAACUUCCAAAAUCCAAAAGCCUCUGAAAUCCAAGAUGUUUUUCAGCACCGACAUGACAUCACAAAUGGAAAAUUUCACAAGGAGCUGGGAAGUUUUUCAGGUGAUGUGCAGGUCUCCACACACCACAGACAGUUCUGAGAAGUGAUCUCACAUAUGAACAGAAGUUAAUGAAAAAUAUAAAAACACUGUACAAGGUGAAAAAUGAAGAUCUCAAGCAUAUAUUGAAAGAGUGGACAUCACUGUUAGAGCGAACAUGUGCCGCUUAAUGGUAUGCUUAUCAAGAAACAAAGUUCUAUCUUGACAAACUGAAAAUUGAAUGUAAUUGUGAAUAAUACAAUAGGCGGGUUGCAGAAAUUUAAGAAAAGGCAUGGCAUUAAAUUGUUAGAGUAUUUGGUGAUAAGGCAUCUGCUGACCAUGAGGCAGCAGAGAAAUUCAUUGAUGAGUUUGCUAAGAUCACCACUGAUUAAAAUCUAAAACGCUGUACGGUUGCUUCAGUACAUAUGUGUGAUGAACAAGUAUAAGACAAAGACUGCUUACCAGUAGCACAUAAAUUUAGAAAUUAUGGCGAUCUCAAAAUCCGAAAUUCAAAACACUUCCAGCCCAGAGCAUUUCAGAUGGGACACUCAACCCGUAACUAGAUUAUGAAUUUGUUAAAUGUUGUCAAAUAGGGAAUGGCAAACAAAAACAGAUUACCAAGUUUAUGAACACAAAAUAAUCUGCAGAUGCUGGGGUCAAAGCAACACUCACAACACGCUGGAGGAACUCAGCAGGUUGGGCAGCAUCCGUGGAAAAGAUCGGUCAACGUUUCGGGCGGAACCUGACGAAGGGUUCCAGCCCAAAAUAUCGACCGAUCUUUUCCACAGAUGCUGCCUGACCUGCUGAGUUCCUCCAGCGUGUUGUGAGUGUUGCUUUUACCAAGUUUAUGCUCUUGCAUAAAGUACAUGGUAACUAAUUGUAACAAUUUGUAUUGUGCAGUACCACCGAAUGAACUAAAUAUAAAUAUGCAAUCAUGAGGAAAUCUGCAGAUGCUGGAAAUUCAAGCAACACACACAAAAAAUGCUGGUGAAUGCAGCAGGCCAGGCAGCAUCUAUAGGAAGAGGUACAGUUGACAUUUCGGGCCGAGACCUCGACUAUACCUCUAAAUAUAAAUACCUCAUUUUGAGAUGGGGGAAUACAAUUUUAUAACUUCCAGUGCAGAGCAAUGAAUAUACCCUUUCAAUCUUUUACCACCUAUCCCCCAAGUACAGCAUUACAGAACAUAAAAAUAUAUUUAUGUUCAAUAGCACAAUUAUGCACAAUAGAGGCAUAAUUAACUUUUACAAUGCAUACAUCGAAUAGGACAGAAAAAAUCAGGAGCCUUCAAGUAUCCUAACAUUUUUCUUCUGCACGAGUAGAGUUGUUCCAAUAUACAAGUGGAAGAGAAGGAAAAUAAAGAUUUUCAAGUUACAUAUAUAUUUGCUUAAAUGCUCCCAAGUAGGAAAGAUAUCAAGGAAAUCAAUUGAGAAAAGAGUUUUGCAGAAAGAGACUACAUCAUAAUGAUUUUGUUGUGAAAAUAAGAUAAUUUAAGUCUAAUGGGCUUUUACAAAUGUAUGCAAUUAAAAUUAAAGUUUGCUUUUUAAGGAAAAUAUUCUUGGAAAAUCAAAGCAUCAAAAGCAUAUAAUGAUGUUAUUUCCAAUUGUUUUGAUAUUUUGGAAUAAAGGUUUUACAAUAUGUUAACGUUGUCAUCAAUUGUUUUAAAUAAAAUCUCAUUUCA